AUGCGCAGUGCUUCUGUCUGUGCACACUGCUGCUAAUGCUAAGCUAACACUACAGCCCGUCCCUCCGCAGCGUCCACCAUGGUCCAACAUGUCCCCGGCACCACCACACCUCUGUGCGCCGUGCCUAAUGGACCUUUCACCUACGCACUGAUUUAACAUGAACCGAGUCAAAGUGCACAGUUAGUGAUUCCGUUUCACUGGUCACGGAACUGCAGAGCGAGCUACGGUUAGCCUGUGAAGCUAACUGACGCUAGCCCCGUGAACAUGGCGAUUGUGUCUGGCUCGUGUGGCAGAGUAAGCGGCGCCGCAAAUGGACCCUCUGUCCCGGGCGCAGGCUCCGUGUCUGGAGUGCCCUCUCAGCCCAUGGUGGUGGUGUGGGAGUGGCAGGACGAUCAGGGCUUUUGGCGGCCCUACAGCGGACAGGUCAGCGCCUACAUCGAGCGCUGUCUCCCCCCUCGGGGACAGAGGUUAGCGGGAGCCGGCCUCACGAGCAUCUGCCUGGGACACUCCGACCCGAGCCUGUCGCAGUACCUCAUAGACAUCCCGGGCUUGAAGCAGUUUCGGCAAGACACAGGUAAAACCCGUUCUGUGCGCCGCUCCCUGUUUGCCCAGUCGUCAGGACUGGGCAGUGGUGUAUACUGGGAAUGGGCCAACGAUGAAGGCACUUGGACUCCAUAUGAGACCCGGACCUCCAUCCUGCUGGAGCAUAGCUACCAGGCCCGCCAGGGGACUGCCGAUCUGGGGUCUCACGGCUAUAACUAUAUAGUAGACCUCACGUCCCUGUCCCAGGUUAACAAGUCCACUGGGUUCAGAAGACAGGUGCGUCGCCAGUGUAACCUCCCAUACCCCCUAGCUCCCUCUGGGCCCCCAUCUGGACUUUUGUCUGGAGCCUCUGGCCUCCUCUCUGGGGCCCCCACUGGACUCCCCUCAGGGGCUUCGGGACAUCCCUCUGGGGCAUCUGGACUCUCCUCUGGGGUCACUGGCCUUUCAUCUGGGGCCCCCCCUGCACUCUCAACUGGUGCCUCUGGACUGUCCUCUGGGCCCCCCCCUGGACUCGCCUCCGGACUCUCGUCUGGACCAACGUCUGUUUCCUCCGGAACUGUCUCCCUGCUUGCAGGGGCCCCUGGGACCCCUUCGUCCCUAGCCUGCUCGUGUCAGCAGUGUCUGAGUCAUAGCUCCACAGGGCCCAUGUCCAGUCGCUCACGCCACUCCUUCUCCUCAGGCAAUCUGACCCGGCCCAGUGUGCAGAGCAGUGGAAGAGCUACGACCGCUCACCCCACAUCUGUGUACUCGCCGUACCCCAGGAGGCCUCUGUCUGUGGGAAGCGUGUCCUGGGGGAGCCCCUGGCUCCCACCCACUGCAGCUGGUCAUCCUUCUCCUCAUCCGUCCAGCUCCUUCAAUGGGAUGAGUGUUCCCUCUGUGUCAGUGCACCUAAAUGGUUCCACCAGUGUGAGCUCUGCCCUGGCAGCCUGUGCUCAGAGGCCAGAGGAGGUGAUCCAGCGCUACAUGGAGGUAGUGGUUGGAGUGCCAGAUGAGGACUGCAUAAUCUGUAUGGACCAGCUCUCUAAUCCUUCCACUUACGAGCUCCCAGCCAAAGAGGACAGAUGCCCCGUGAUUGAACCUGACACUGUGGGCAAAUUCAUCAAGUGUGGCCACACGCUGCACAUGCUCUGUAUGCUCGCCAUGUACAACAACGGCACCAAGGACGGCAGCCUGCAGUGUCCCUCGUGUAAGACAAUCUAUGGAGAGAAGACAGGCACCCAGCCCAAAGGCAAAAUGGAGAUCUACAGCAUCUCCCAGUCCCUGCCCGGCCACCCCGACUGUGGCACCAUACAGAUCAUUUACAGCAUCCCCCCAGGCAUCCAGGGCCCAGAGCAUCCCAACCCAGGACAACCGUACACCUGCAGAGGCUUCCCCCGAUUCUGUUUCCUCCCUGACAACGCCAAGGGACGCAAGGUGCUGGAGCUGCUAAAAGUGGCCUGGAUGAGGCGUCUGAUCUUCACCGUGGGGACCUCCAACACCACAGGAGAGCCGGAUACUGUGGUGUGGAACGGCAUCCACCACAAAACCGAAAUGAUGUCCAAUCUGUCUGGACAUGGUUAUCCCGACCCCAACUACCUGGACAAUGUCCUGUCCGAGCUGGCCUCGCAGGGAAUCACAGAGGACUGUCUCAGAGCCCACAGCUGAACCUUCGGAGCUCUGAUGGAACAUUUGAAGAAGCACUUUAGGUUUACAAUGAUUUAGAUGAACAGCACUGGCAUUUGUCUGAAUCUGCCUGUAUGUGACUAGUCUGUUAAGGCAUCCAACACAAAUGACAAGGAUUUAUUCAUGAUUAGAGAUGGUGUCCAUAUCAGGGCUGCAACAAUUAAUUGGAAUAACUGACUAAUAGACUAUUUAAAUAAUCACUCAUUGUUAUCUGGUCUGUACAGACUCUAAAACACAUGCCAAAAGACAUUUUAUAACACACAAAGUGGCAUUAUUAAAUUUAAAUGGCAAAAACACAAACAUGAUUUUCAUUAUUAACACUUAAUUCAUAAAUAUUCUCCAUCUAGCAGCCUUCAGUCAGCAGAUUUGACCUUUUCAUCUGGGUAAAAAUGUACAAUAGAAAUAAAACUGUACAAUACUGAAAAAUGAUUGUUUCAUUAGUUCACUGGACAAAAAAAUAAUUGCAGAUUUGUUGACUAGCUACAUUUGGCCACUCAUCCACGAGGCUUUUUCAGUUUUGACAAGGUUCUGAUAAGUCACUACCUUAUAUCAGUCUGAAGGGAGGAGCUAACUACAUUGAAACUAACACACUAGUAGUUUACUGUAAUGUGUUAUUAGUGAGGUGCCAUUUCACACCAUAGGGUAGUUAAAUGGACCGGUCAUAUUAUUUUACAUUAUUGUUCAAGCCCUUAACGGAUGACUUAACUCCUAUUGGCACAGUCUUGCCAUCACUGUUUUUUUCGGUGUGGGUUUUAGCUGUAAACAUGUGAUGAUAGAUGCGUCCGCUGUGUUCUUUGCAUCUGAUUAUAAAGUGUUUUAUUGUCCGAUAAUCAGGAAAUGCCACUUGUUGCUAAUUUUACAGUUUGUUUCCUAAAGUUGUGAAACGCUUAUAAACUAAUCACGGGAAAUCAUUAGGAUGAUUGGAACGCAUAUGGUAAAUGAUGAAUAACCUUUGAUUUUCACGUUUUGAAGGCAGUAAAAAUCAGGUAAACAACUAGGGUGUGUUAGUUUCAGUGUUGCACGUUCCAGCACACAUUACUAUAGUACGGACAGUGACCCAGUCGUAU